UGGUGGGUCACAGUGCAGCCUCCAGCUUAGGAGAAUGGGGUGGCUCCCACUUCUGCUGCUCCUGGCACAGUGUUCAAGGGCUCUUGGGCAGCGCUCACCACUGAAUGACUUCCAGCUGCUCCGAGGCACAGAGUUAAGGAACCUGCUACACACAGUGGUGCCAGGGCCAUGGCAGGAGGAUGUAGCAGAUGCUGAGGAGUGUGCUAGGCGCUGUGGGCCCCUUCUGGACUGUCGAGCCUUCCACUACAAUAUGAGCAGCCAUGGGUGCCAGCUGCUGCCGUGGACUCAGCACUCACUGCACACAGAGCUAUACCAUUCGAGUCUGUGCGAUCUCUUCCAGAAGAAAGACUAUGUACGGACCUGCAUUAUGGACAAUGGGGUCAGCUACCGGGGCACUGUGGCCAGGACAGUUGAUGGCCUGCCCUGCCAAGCCUGGAGCCACAGGUUCCCCAAUGACCACAAGCUCUCUGUCUACAGAUAUACGCCCACACCAAAGAAUGGCCUGGAAGAGAACUUCUGUCGGAACCCUGACAGGGACCCCGGAGGUCCCUGGUGCUACACAACAAACCGCAGUGUGCGUUUUCAAAGCUGUGGCAUCAAAUCCUGCAGGGAGGCUGUUUGUGUUUGGUGCAAUGGCGAGGAUUACCAUGGUGAGGUAGAUGUCACAGAAUCAGGACGGGAGUGUCAACGCUGGGACCUACAGCACCCCCACUCCCACCCUUUCCAGCCUGAAAAGUUCCUAGACAAAGCUCUGAAAGACAACUAUUGCCGUAAUCCGGAUGGAUCUGAGCGGCCCUGGUGCUACACCACAGACCCGAAUGUUGAGCGAGAAUUCUGUGACCUGCCCAGUUGCGGUAGGCUGCAGGGACAGGGCCUAGGAAGGAACUUGGAAAAAACUGGCAGGCGUGGUUCAACUGGGAGAGGGCCCAACCUGCCUCCGACCAUCAAAAGAGCCAAGUCACAGCAGCGCAACAAGGACAAGGCUUUUAACUGUUUCCGCGGAAAAGGUGAAGACUAUCGAGGCACAACCAAUACCACCUCUGCGGGCGUGCCCUGCCAGCGGUGGGAUGCGCAGACUCCGCACCAGCACCGCUUUGCGCCAGAGAAAUAUGCUUGCAAGGACCUUCGUGAGAAUUACUGCCGGAAUCCUGAUGGCUCCGAGGCUCCUUGGUGCUUCACAUCUCGACCUGGUUUCCGUGUGGCCUUCUGCUACCAGAUCCCACGCUGCACAGAAGAAGUGGUGUCAGAGGGGUGCUACCACGGCUCAGGUGAACAGUAUCGCGGCUCAGUCAGCAAGACCCGCAAGGGCGUUCAGUGUCAGCACUGGUCCUCAGAGACACCACACAAGCCGCAAUUCACACCCACCUCAGCACCACAGGCAGGACUGGAGGCAAACUUCUGCCGGAAUCCGGAUGGGGAUAGCCAUGGGCCCUGGUGUUAUACUUUGGACCCAGAGACCCUGUUUGACUACUGUGCCCUACAACGUUGUGACGAUGACCAGCCGCCAUCCAUUCUGGACCCCCCAGACCAGGUGCAGUUUGAAAAGUGUGGCAAGAGAACUGACAAGAGUAACAGACUUCGUGUGGUGGGGGGCCAUCCUGGGAACUCACCGUGGACGGUCAGCUUGCGGAAUCGACAGGGCCAGCAUUUCUGUGGGGGUUCCCUAGUGAAGGAGCAGUGGGUACUGACGGCCCGGCAAUGCAUCUGGUCAUGCCACGAACCUCUCACAGGAUAUGAGGUAUGGCUGGGUACGAUUAACCAGAACCCACAGCCUGGAGAGGCAAACCUGCAGAAGAUCCCAGUGGCCAAGGCAGUAUGCGGACCUGUAGGCUCUCAACUUGUUCUGCUCAAGCUGGAGAGACCUGUGACCCUGAACCAACAUGUGGCCCGGAUUUGCCUGCCUCCUGAACAAUAUGUGGUACCUCCAGGGACCAAGUGUGAGAUUGCAGGAUGGGGUGAUUCCAAAGGUACAAGCAAUAACACCGUCCUUCAUGUGGCCUUGAUGAAGAUCAUCUCCAACCAGGAAUGUAACGUGAAGUACCGAGGACACAUACAAGAGAGUGAGAUAUGCACCGAGGGAUUGCUGGUCCCUACGGGGGCCUGUGAGGGUGACUACGGGGGCCCACUUGCCUGCUAUACCCAUGACUGCUGGGUCCUACAGGGACUUAUCAUCCCCAACAGAGUGUGUGCACGGCCCCGCUGGCCAGCUAUCUUUACACGUGUGUCUGUGUUUGUGGACUGGAUUAACAAGGUCAUGCAGCUGGAGUAGGCCUGCGCUUGAUCCUCUAGCAAUGACAAGACUUCUUAUCAAACAUAAAGCAACCUUUUCUCUA